UUGGAGGCUGCUUCUUACAAAAAAAAAACCAUAUUCUCAUCAUCACAUCCCUAUUUCAUAAAAUGGUGCUUCUCACUAUGACCCCCUCCAUUGUGGAGGCAAUAAAUCGAUUACCUAAAGAUGAAACUGAUGAUGAUGAGGAUCUUCAGAAUAAAGAAGGCAAUUCUGAUAUAACAGAGAACAGUGAACGCUUAUUGAAGAACCCCUCGAUUGGGAAGCCCAUUAGUCACUGGCAAAUUAUCGAUAUUUGGAAACGCUUGAAGAGUGAAAAAGAUGAAUCAACGAAAUUAGAGCAACUACUUCGAGGCGCGACGGUCUAUAUACCUCCACCUCCGCCAAAACCAGAACCGACCGAAGAGUAUAAAGAAUUGAUGGCCCGAUUACGUCGCGAAGAAGAGGAACGAUCAUAUGAGCGCAUGCUGAAGAAAGCUCUACCACGAGAAUCAUUCGCUCAGAGGUUUCCUUCGGGUCCCAUGGCACAAUCAUUUGCCGAAGUUAAUAGACCUCUCAGGGCUUCAGACAUUGGCGAAGAUAUCGAACACGGAGAUAUACAAAAACAAAUAACCCUGGUCAUUAACUUCCUGGUUAGUAUAUUCGGGUGCGGUGCCGCGCUUUGGUUAGCUGCCGGAUGGUGGAGCGUUCCAGCACGACUGUUCUUGAGUUUAGGUGGAAGUAUUAUUGUCGCCAUCGCCGAAGUUGCCGUCUAUUCAGCUUACACGUGGCGAAUAGCUGAAGGAGAGAAACAGCAGAAAAAGAAGAAAGAAGUAAAAGAGAUUGUUCGAACGUGGGUAGUUGGAGAAGAUGAUACUGUCAAGGAGGAUCUCAUUAAAGCAACUAUACUGGAGAAUACGGAAUAUGACGUUGACACCAACCUCCGCCGAAGGAUAAAAGCGCCGACAUAAGUUGAGAAAAAGAUAUAAUAUUAUCUAAAGUAUACACACACCUUGGUUUAGUAUGAUCAUUUUACCUCAUGCGCUCGUGCUAGCAAAUUAAUCCUUUAGAAAGAAAGGU